GAUUGAGUUGAGUUAUGUUACCAGUCUGCAAAGAAAAGCAAGUGACCUCCUUUCUGGAAAUCAUAAUAAUGGUGAUGUAUUGUACUGCCUGGAGGUCCAAAAUCCAUAAUAAUGGUGAUGUAUUUUACUGCAUAUGGACCCAUAUUCUGUCAUCUCUAUGUGCAUUAACUGUUUAAGUUAGACCUUAGUUUUGUGAAAUCUUGCACAGACAGUGGUUAUCCUGGACCCACUUUCUUCCAUCAAUGUCCAUUAUAAUUUAUAAACAAAUUGUUUGCUGAAGAGAGAGAGAGAGAAAGAGAGAGAGAGAGAGAGAGUGAGAGAGGGUUCUCCAUUUUCCAUGUAGUCAAAAAGGCCCACAUGUUAGUUCCUCUCAACCAGCCAGCAAAGGUGUACACAGUGAAGCAGCAGUCUUGUUUAGUCCUAAACUGUAAAACCCAUUUACAAGCAGGUUCCUUGCUUCAAUCAAAGUCUGCUCCUUUAUUCUUUCUCUCUCUUUCUUUUCUUGGGUUCUAGCUAAAGCUCCCAACUUUACUUCUUGGUCUUUACUAUGGUGGUAUAUAGGCAGUUCUUAUUAUUGGGUUUGCUUCAGUUUCUUGCAAUGCAGCUUCCUCUAGUUAUGGCAGCUGAUUGCCCUUUGGAUUUGAGUGGAUCAAACUUUACCCUGGCCGCUUCUUUAUGCUCUAACAGGGAUGACAGAGGAAAGUGUUGCCGCUACAUUAAUGCUUUUAUUGCAGUUUCUAUUGCCCGCUAUGCAAAUGGAACGAGCAACCUUGGGGUUACCUCAAAUAUUUCUGAUAUUUGCCUCAGUUCCAUUUCACAAAUGAUGGAACUAUAUGGUGUCCCAAAAAAUGCUACAGCUUUUUGUGGUUUUGGGACUAAGAUUCCAGUUAAUUAUGAGUGUAAGGGUCGAACAACUGUCAGUCAGAUGCUUCAAUCCCCAAAGUUCGUGGAUGUUACACAAAACUGCAAAGUGCCCCUUGCAGAAGAAAGCAGUUGCAGGAAGUGUUUAAAUGCUGGAAUCGUAUAUCUCCAUCAUCUGGUGGGAACAGAUGAUAAUUUAACAUUGAGUACCUGCCGUGAUGCAACUUUUGCUACUCUUGCAAGCCAAAUUGAUGAUGUAUCAGCUGUUGAAAUGGCGAGCUGUUUCUUUGGAGUUCAAGGGCUUAACAUCCCCGCAGAGCCAUCCUCAUCCACACUCACUCCUGGGGUUUCUCCAAGUCCAUCGGUUGCUGCAAGUCCAAGCCAAGUUGUGUUGGGAGUGACUGUAAAUGCAAACCACCAUCCAUACCACCUGACAUUGAUUCCAAGUGUUGGCAUUGCUGUUACAGUUAUUGCUGUUACAAUGCUGAUAGUCCUGAUAGUUCUUAUUCGUAGGAAACACAGAGAACUAGAAGAAUCAGAGAAUGUAGACAAGGCCUCUGCAAAAGCCUUUCCACCUCCUAGACCUAUGCGAAAAUUUCAAGAAGGACCUACAUCAAUGUUUCAAAAAUUCAGCUACAAAGAGACAAAGAAGGCGACAGAUAACUUCAACACAAUCAUUGGACAGGGGGGAUUUGGAACAGUCUACAAAGCUCAAUUCAAUGAUCGCUUAGUGGCUGCGGUAAAGCGGAUGAACAAGGUUUCAGAGCAGGGGGAAGAUGAUUUCUGCAGAGAGAUGGAACUUCUUGCUCGACUGCAUCACCGUCAUCUUGUUUCUUUAAGAGGUUUUUGCAUCAGAAGAAAUGAGAGGUUUCUGAUGUAUGAGUAUAUGGAAAAUGGAAGCUUAAAGGAUCAUCUUCAUACUCCUGGAAAGACUCCUUUGAGUUGGCAGACUAGAAUUCAAAUUGCUAUUGAUGUUGCUAAUGCUCUGGAGUACCUCCAUUUCUACUGUGAUCCACCCCUGUGCCACAGAGACAUCAAGUCAAGCAACAUUUUACUGGAUGAAAACUUUGUUGCUAAGGUUGCAGAUUUUGGCCUUGCCCAUGCAUCAAAAGAUGGCUCUAUUUGCUUUGAACCGGUAAAUACUGAUAUCCGGGGUACUCCAGGUUACAUGGAUCCUGAGUAUGUGGUCACGCAAGAGCUCACUGAGAAAAGUGAUGUAUAUAGUUAUGGUGUUGUACUCUUGGAGAUAGUAACGGCAAGACGAGCAAUACAGGACAACAAGAAUUUGGUAGAAUGGGCUCAAAUAUUCAUGGAAUCAGACACAAGGCUGCAUGAGUUAGUAGACUCUCAUAUCCGUGACUCCAUUGACUUUGACCAGCUUCAAACAAUUGUGACUAUUGUGAAGUGGUGCACACAGAGGGAAGGACGAGCUAGGCCUUCGAUCAAGCAAGUCCUUAGGCUUUUGUAUGAGAGCUCAGACCCAAUGCAUAGUGGGUUCUUACGAGCUGUAGAAGAUGAAGAGUAUGAAGGAAGUGAAGGAAGAGGAAGGAGAAGUAAAGGAAAAAUGCAUAGGAGUGAUGCAGUUUUUCACAGUGGGGAUGGAAGAUAUCUUGCUUCUUCUUCAAGUACAUCAAGGUCAUAUUGUAGCAGAAGCUUUUUACUUGAAACUGGCUCUCCGCAAUCUCCCUCCAAUAUACUCUCUGUCUGAGGUGAAUCUUUUCUUUUUCUUUUGCUUCAAGCCUUCAAUCACCAAUCCUGGUUUACUGGAAAUUUUUUGUACCUUGACGGAAUCAUCAUUGAGACAAAUUGUGUCGCAUGAAUUAUGUCAAAUUAACAGGAACGCAUGGUGUCGCCUUUGUUGUGUGAACUUCACUUCAUAGAGCAUGUCAAUGACUUGAAGAUUAUAUCACAGCUUGGAUGGAAAAUGAAUAUUGUAAAAGGGAAUGAUUUUGGGUGCCUUGUCUUGUUUUACGUUAUCUCAAAAUUUUUGGAAGAAUUUAGGCAUGUGUAUAAAAGUUAUCUUGCAUCAGCCAUGGAAAUAGCUUGAUGUAACAUUGAUUAUGGGGAUUUUGUACUACUUGUAUGACUCAGAGAAUAAGGUUUUAUACGAUGUAUUGUACUCUCCAUUAAAAACUAAAUUCCCCACUUUAUUUUUGGA